UCAACAGACAACUUCCUGGAGGUUGCUUUCAAAAUACAUUCAAAACGAUUUUUAAGGAAAAUGUUUUUAUUUGUUAUUGAAGUCACAAACCGUCACAUGUGAGAAUCGAACUCACGGUACCUGCACACAAGACAGGCGAGUGUACUAUUACACCAUCAGCCACAACCUAAUAAGAACCCAGUAAACGUCCGAUGUCACCGCGGAGUGAUACACGCCAGCUUGACUCUUGCUUUUGGCGGAGGAGGCGGAGGAGGAGGAGAGCGGUGCUCCGGCGGAGGAGAGGACCAGACAGGGAGCGAGGCGAGGAACCCGACCAGCCCACCUCCCCCGCCCCCGCAGAGAGCGAGUGUCGGACCCGCUGGACUCCCCACCGCCCCCUAACCCCCGGAGGAGGACCCGAGAGAGAGAGCGAGAGAGAGAGAGAGAGGGAACCGCGUUGCCACGGGAGAAGCCUCUGUGCAGGGAUGUUCGCGUCGGUGAAGGCCUUCGAGGGGCAGCAGUACUCCACCCUGAAAAGGCAGUGCCUGCAGAGUGGCCUGCUCUUCGAGGACCCCCGCUUCCCCGCCGUCGACGACUCGCUCUUCUACCUAGGCAACAGGAUCGGACGCGUGGUGUGGAAGAGACCGCGAGAGCUGUGCGAGGAUCCUCACCUGUUUGUGGAUGGCAUCAGCGCUCACGACCUCCACCAGGGGCAGCUAGGCAAUUGCUGGUUUGUGGCUGCCUGCUCCAGUUUAGCCUCCAGAGAGUCACUAUGGCAAAAGGUGAUUCCCGACUGGAAGGAGCAGGAGUGGGACACGGAGAAGCCCGACUCGUACGGCGGCAUUUUCCACUUCCGCUUCUGGCGCUUCGGCGAGUGGGUGGACGUUGUGAUUGACGACCGACUGCCCACCGUCGAAAACCAGCUGGUUUACUGUCAUUCCAACGACAGCAACGAGUUCUGGAGCGCCUUGGUGGAGAAGGCAUACGCCAAGGUGUACGGCUGCUACGAGGCUCUGGACGGCGGCAACACGGCGGACGCACUGGUGGACUUCACAGGGGGGGUCUCGGAGCCCGUGGACCUGCUGGAGGCCCAAAUGGCAAUGGACGAGACGGCCCGCAAUCAGUUGUUUGAACGAGUCCUCAAAGUGCACAACCGAGAUGGCCUUAUUAGCUGCUCCAUUAGGGCAACCACGGUGGAGGACAUGGAGGCGCGGCUGGACUGUGGCCUCGUCAAAGGCCACGCCUACGCUGUGACCGACGUUCGCAAAGUGCGCCUGGGCCACGGGCUGCUGGCGUAUUUCAAGUCGGAGAAGCUCCAUAUGAUUCGCAUGAGGAACCCGUGGGGAGAGAAGGAGUGGAGCGGCCCGUGGAGUGACAGUUCGAAGGAGUGGAACAAGGUGAGCAAGAGCGAGAGGGAGAAACUCGGCGUCACCGUGCAGGACGACGGCGAGUUCUGGAUGACCUUUGACGACUUCUGCCAGUACUUCACCGACCUUAUCCUGUGCCGCCUCAUCAACACGUCGUACCUGAGCAUCCACAAGACGUGGGAGGAGGAGGUGAUGCGGGGUUCCUGGCUCCACCGCCAGGACCCCCUGCGUAACCGCUCGGGCGGCUGCAUCAAUCACAAGGUCACCUUCCUUCAGAACCCUCAGUACGUGUUUGACGUGAAGAAGGUGGAGGACGAGGUGUUGAUCUGCUUGCAGCAGAAGGAGAAGAGAGCCACGCCCAAAGAAGGCAAGGGGGAGAACCUCGCCAUCGGCUUUGAUAUCCACCAGGUGGAGCUGAACCGCAAGUACCGCAUGCACUCGAGCCAGCAGAAGGUGGCCGGCUCCAUCUACAUCAACUCGCGCUGCGUCUUUCUCAGGAAGGAGCUGAAGGAGGGCCGCUAUGUCAUCAUCCCCACCACCUUUGACCCGGGCCAGCGGGGAGACUUUCUGCUCCGCGUCUUCACCGACGUGCCUUCGGACUGCAAAGAGCUGAGUCUGGACGAGCCUCCUCAAACGUGCUGGACGGGCAUGUGCGGCUACCCGCAGCUGGUCACUCAGGUCCACGUUCUCAACGCCGAAGGUCUGCAGGGACAGGAUUCCAACGGAGCCCUGGACCCGUAUGUGAUCAUCACCUGCGAAGGCGAAAGGGUCCGCUCGCCGGUCCACAAGGACACCCGCUGCCCCAAUUUUGAUGUCAAGGCUCUGUUCUACCGCAAGAAGCCCAAAGAGGGAGUCCACAUCGAGAUCUACAACAAGAACAUGAUCGUGGACACCUUCCUGGGUCAGGUGGUGAUGUUGAGCAAUCCCAACGAGCGUCAGGAGCAGCACACGCUGCACCUCCGCGACAAAGGCAGUCGGCAGGACAGCGACUUGCCCGGCACGCUCACCGUGCGCCUCAUCACCUCCACCACACUCACCAACAUCUGACCGCCCCCUCUUCACAAAUGUCAUAUUUAUUCCGACUGUUUUGGCCGAUUUGUUCCCUCCUUAUUUCUUUCACACACCCCGCCCCUCCCGCAAGGUUUUUUUCUUUUCCCGUUUCCCUCUCCAUUUUUUCUGUAUUUUUUCCUGCCAAUUUCUUCAACCUUGACACUAACAUUUGAAUGGCCUUUAUUUCCCUAAAGAUCUUUCUUCAGUGUCAUUGCCCGUGUUGUGUCGCUGGGAAAAGGCCAGCGAGGAGCACUUUGUCUCCCCUUUCUGUUGUUUUGCUUUUGAUGGAUGGAUUUUGGUGUGAAGUGAACCCCGCACGGGAUGCAAGCGUGAUGCGUAUGCAGAUGUUUCUGCACUGGCGUACCAACAAUUCCAAGGGCUUUGCCUUGCCUUAAGGCUGCGUCUGUGUCUUUUACGCGGAGGAGCGGGAGGGAGGGGGGUUCACGGCUUGGCAUUCGUCGCGUGUCACUUGUCUUUCUCGGUGCUCUGGUGGCCGCCAUGUUGUCCCAAAAAGUCAGUCCCAAACCUUGGUGCAUCUCCCCCGAAACAGGGACGACGCCCCGUCGAGCGUGUUCCUAUGCUGACUUGACACUCUGUCUGAAUCCCUGCGGAAGACGCACUUUGACUCCCGGCCUCUCCCACCCGUUAAUACCGAUGAUACAUUUUGUAUCCGUGGCUGCAGUCCAGUGUUUGGCGAGCAACCGCCACCCGUCAUCCCUGAAGCAAGCCAACAGCCUCGCUUUUCCCGUCUUCCUUCACUUUCAAACCAAUACACGUCUCUGCCAAACGCCAUGGACGACCGCAUGGCCCAGAAAGCCUUUUUGUCUUUUUUCCCAACCUGUGCUGCACAUCUCUUCGGCCGUAGCUUAGCGGUCAGUGUCUAAUCUUGGAGUCCCCCCCCCCCCCUUGUAAACAAGUGCUUUGCGGGACCAAGGAGGAGCUUGUCAGCUCCUGCUCCUUUGUGACUCUUUGCGGCUGCCACACUGGCUGCCACACAGUCCGCCCCCAAGCGGCAAACUCGGGGGCCCGAACCACGCCCCCCUGGUGCCGCUGCAUCAUUAUAAAGGCAACAUCACUGCCUGACACUGCGCGCACGCGCGCAAACUUGUACAUCUGCUUCUGGGAGGAAAAACGUGAAAGCGACAGAGGGGCCCGCAUUGGGAUCGCACGCCUCGCACUCAUGUCGCUUUUGCCGCACAGGAGGAGGAAACUUGCCAAACAAACGGUGCCAUGGCGCGUUCAAUUGCCUCUUUAAAAAAACAACAACUUUGGAGUCAUUCAAGGAUUUUGCAUUGAACACUCAUUGAUACUUUGUAUUCUGUCUGAUUUCUCGGGAUGGGCCCCAAUUCAGCAAUCGAUUCAUCGAGUGUGGAUCAUUUCAACGGGCGAGAGGCUCUUUAGGCUUUCUUGCAUUGAGAAACAUCACUCGUAAUUUCCUAACUGGCCCUUUGAAAUUGGAUGUCGUUUUUUUGCAGAGGAUGUUUCAAGUCAACCGCUCUAGUCUUCCUUUACUCUCGCUGUUCGGACGCACUAGUCAACUUUAGUCGGUUGUAUCGGAGCUGCAUCCAAGUUGAAGAUGGCUCCGACCGAGAUUUUCUUGAAAAUGGCGUCCCUCCAAUGUUUCAACCGAUAUUUUAGUGCGCGCCUCAAUAGAAUCAACAAUGUCACAACGGACGCGCGUGACAACCGGUCGACUGAUCGAACAAUUGCUCUGCCCAUCCCGAAUUCUCGACAAAUAGAAAAUGUGCGCGUUUCUUUUUACGUUGAAUGUAAUAACAACUUUUUCAUUUGGCUCCGAUUGCAUUCUAAUCGAGCCGCCCGCCAUUACUUGAAGUGUCGCACACAUUUUCUCGCCGUGCAGCAUCUUUACAAAUGCACGACUCGCUUUUCCGCUCUGUCCGCAGCCUUGUACUGUAGCGUCGAGACCCUAUCAUGCUUUUUUUCUUCUGUUUAUCUAUGCGCUAAUGCCAGUCGGCCAUUAUAUCAGAGCGCUGGAUGGAUGGCGGGUGCGGAGCGCGAGCUGCUGUUUUUAGGCGCUGGACGAAAAAUGAGAGGCUUCUGGCGGUCAACGUUCUGAGGCUGAAGUGUGAUUUGUGCCAAAAAAGUGUUCUCUACGACACUCGGCUUAGUUUUUUGCCAAAUAAUUUCCAUAAUACAAAAACACAAAAAAAUAUGUUCAAGCUUGCGGUGCGACCGCCUAUCACACGGCCACAACGCUUGGCUGUCUUCAAUGUUGUUCGCGACUUGCUUUACGGAUUGACUGAAAUGUUCGUGGGAUUCACGCAUGUGCUAUUUCACAGUAUUUGUCGAGGUUUAUCUUUCGUGUAUCAUUUGUUUGGAUGCCACAUGCCAAUUUUACAGCAUUGCGCGUGGUAAUGAUUUCACUGUCAUACACCGUCGGGACUUUGACCUACGUAUACAUCUUGACCGAGACUUUUUAUACAUGAAUGCCAUUGCAUGUAGCAAAAGCGGCUUUGAAUUCAUAACAAAAAAAUCUAUAUUUAUAUUUUGGGACUGUUGAAGAAAAAACGAGAGAGAGAAAAAAAGCUACCUGGCAGCGCGCGAUUUCUACUUUAAUGAACCCAUGCAGCGGGCUUGCGUCGUACUCACGCAUGCAUCCAGACAGACGAUAGACUGUUUCAAUCAAAUGUUAUUCUCUUAAAAGCGUUCUCCAAAGAAAUCCCCAUUUUCUGGCUGGAAAGUACAACUUCUUGUAAAAUGCCGACUUGAUUCUCUGCAAACAUUUACUCUGUGAUCAUCCGCUGACUUGACAAGAGGACGUGAUUGGCUCGCUCGCUGUUUGGCUGUUCUUACAACUUGUAAAAUGCCGACUUGAUUCUUUGCAAAAGUUUACUCGGUGAUCGUCCGCUGACUUGACAAGGGGACGUGACUGGCUCGCUUGCUGUUUGGCUGUUCAUACAACUUGAAAACAGCGGCCACGUUGCACAUCGUUGCACGAAAACAAACAAAACUGGCCGAUUACGUCAUCGCGUCGGCUUUUCUCGCCGCGGCCGCGAUGUUCUUGUACUUUUCUCGAAAACUGGAAUAUUUUCCUGCAUGGUGACACUUUUAUGAAUAUUUUAUAGCCUUGUUGAUUUUAUAUGGCUACAGUACGUACAUAUAUCCAGCAAGUAUAUCAAGAUGUAUACAGCAUAUCUCUGGAACUAUAGCCGCUCUUUGCGCUAAAGCUGAGUGCGAUUGGCUGUGGAGCUUUCGAGAAGCGUACUUGCCCCAUGUGUACCGUGUGUGUGUGCUUUUUUGUGUCUUCUCUGAUCUCCAAUCUUUAUUUUUUCGUCAUUGAAUCGAUGCCCGUGCUUUGACUGCUAGGGUGCACUGUGCUUAUUUUAUAGCUGCGAUUUGGGGCGGGGGUCUUUUUUUCUCCUUUUUGGUUUUGUAUUUAAUGUCAACUUAUGGCAUGACUUUUAAAUAAAACUGAAAAUAAUAAUCAUGUCUUUUUUUACUUCAGAUUUUGUCAUGAAUGAGUGUAGCAGGGUGACCAACUGCAGCUUGGACCAGGGUUUAUUGAAGGGAAGGGAGGGAAACAAAGACACAGGCGGGAUUGAGACUUACGGACAGCAGACAG